AGUAAAGAAAAGGAAAAACCUUAUUCUUGUUAGCGCCAAACAAAAACUUAGAGAGAGAAUGAAAAUUUUCAUUUUCCGCCAUAAACCAACGACAAAAAUUUGAGCGCCUAACCAAAUUGGUGAAUUUGAACUCCAUAACCAAAAAGUUUCAACAAAAUCAAAACCGUUCAUACCUCACUCCUCCUUUGUUUUCUCUCUUCAGAACCAGAAGAAGCGUCUCUCUUUCUCUUUAUUUCUGAUUUGCUGAAAGCGAUCGAAUUUUGAGGUUGAAUUUCCGGAAGUUGGGUAGAAUUUGAUCAUUAAUUUGAUGAAAUCGAUAGAAUUUGGAGGUUGAAUUUCCGUAAUUUAGGGCUUGAGAGGAGAGAGAAAGAGGUUGAAGAAAUUGGGGAUUUUUGACAUUUCUGGUUAACAUUGAUUUCCUGUGCCAUUGAAGGUUGGUUGAAGGUUGAUUAGGCGGAGAAAACAUAAUUUUAUGGGCACUUUGCUUACUUUUUGUCUCCUCACGAUUUCGUCAAAACUUAUGCUGCUCAUCUCAAGCCCUCCGGCAAGAGUGUGAUAGUGAGGCAUCAACUUACUCACAUGGGAUUUUAGGUAAAAUUUGUCAGACCGCGCAAUUGUUAAUAGAUGCUAGUUUCGUUUAUGAGAUGGCCCUAGUUGCAAGCUUUGACGUGACACUAAUUUUUUAUUACCGUUUAUUGGUUCUGCUUAGAUGGAGCUGCCUCACUGGACUGACAUUGUCAAGACUGGUAAGCUCAAGGAACGUAGUCUUCAACUAUGUUGAUUUUAUGGUUCCUUUCUAUUUCAAUUUUGCAUUUUUUUGUCAAGCGAACGUAGUUGUGUAGAAUAUGAAAAUGCCUAGCCUCAAUGUGUAGUCAGUUUCUUGGAUAGGCUGUUGUAGCCGGACUGGUGACAUUUUGGCCAGAACAAAUUGCAUAGGUGGCUAGCUGAUAAAAUUGCAUCAAAGAGUGGCGGGUCAGAACAAUGCAGUUGCAUCUAUUGUGGAGGCUGUAUUGAGCUCAAGAGCUGUACUGGGGAGACCCCAACAGCCAACUGGUUCUUUCUUGUUCUUGGGUCCAACAAGUGUGUUGGGAAAAUUGAGUUUGUUAAGGCUCUUGCUGAACAACUUUUGAUGAUGAGAAUCUGUUGGUAAGAAUCAAUAUGUCAGAGUAUAUGGAGCAACACCCUGUUCCCCGUUUGAUUGGUGCUCCACCUGGGUAUGUUGGCAUGAAGAGGUUGGGCAAAUUGACAGAAGCUGUCAGAAGGCGGCCUUACAGUGUUUUGUUGUUCGAUGAGGUUGAAAAAGCCCUCACAUCUAUCUUCAAUACUCUCUUGCAAGUUCUUGAUGAUGGAAGGUUGACAGAUGGAUUCACGGGCAAGAGUACAAUGGAAGCAGCUCGAGAGAAAGUUAUGGCAGAGGUGAGAAGACACUUCAAGCUAUAAUAUUUGAUGAAGUUGUAAUCUUUGAUCCUCUAUCACAUGAACAACUAAGGCUGGCAGAAUUGGUGUUGAUACAAAUGCAUCAGUCAAUCGUUAUUUACUCUCAAAGUCAAAUGAAAACUAGUUUUAGAGUACCAUAUUCGUUUAAUAUCUUGUAAAUUAACUUUAGAUUUAUUUCAUUUACUAUCUUGUGAUUUAUUUCAUUUACUUUCUUGUAAGAUGGUAUUGGAAAUUUACGUUCGUGUACCAAAUUCAUUUAAACUUGUGAUUUAUUUCAUUUACUGUCUUGUAA